AAAAGCUCUCUCUUCUCAAUCUAAUGCCGAAAGUAAGAGGUGCUGCUCGUCGUGGUAGAUCCAGUGGAGGUGGUAGAUCCGGUGGAGGUGGCAGAUCUAGCGGAGGAACUGGAUCGUCCUCUCACUCCUCCAACCCCAACCCUUGCUCAACCGAAACAACUUCAGUUUCUCGCCGUUAUCUUCCGGCCCAAUUUACGGAAUUGUUUCUUCGAGUGAGAAUCGCCGUAUUUCUUGGCGGAAUUAGAGGAAGAAUCGUUGAGAUUCCGACGAAGGAGGGGAUAAGAUCUCCAGUCUCCACGAGUCACGACGCUUCUUCUUCGUUGUUCAUCUUCGCGGCCACAACCAGGUUUCCGUACCUUCACAAGAUUGGAUCUGGAGAAUAGACAAUUUUGUGGUUUCGAUUUGCCGAUUAAUCUGUGGGUUAAAUCAUCUUCUUCAGUUCUUGCUCACUUCUAGUGUUGGGUUUAGUAAAUUUUCACUUUUUAU